AUGGAAGGUUUAUCACUGACUCAAAGGAAGCAGGCAUCAAUCAAGAAACUAGGACUGACCGAUUUGUAUGUUUGGCAGGGACUACUGUUCUCCACUGCUGAAUGCCUUAAAACUCCGAUUGACCUAGUCCGGCUCUGGCUGCAUGAAGCUGAGAGAGUGUAUGGAGAUAAACUCAUUGACGAGAAAGAUAAAGAAAGCUUUGAAAGAGUUCUAGUAGCUACCUGUAAAAAAUACUUUGACGAACUUGGUGAGAAUCUGCUGUUUGCGAAGCCCAACAUUUACUGUCACUUUGCCCAGGGCAUUGGCGAGCCCAAGUACUUCCCUGUGUCAGACUCCGGGUAUCUGAACAAGCUGCUAGUGGAAGCCCUGGAGACGUACAAUGAGGUCAAUGCCGUGAUGAAUCUGGUGCUGUUUGAAGAUGCUGUGUCUCACAUUUGCAGAAUUAAUCGGAUAUUAGAGUCUCCCCGAGGGAAUGCCUUAUUGGUGGGAGUAGGAGGGAGCGGAAAGCAAAGUCUUUCCCGACUAGCAGCCUAUAUUAGUGCUCUGGAUGUAUUUCAGAUCACACUGAAGAAAGGAUAUGGAAUUCCUGACCUCAAGCUGGAUCUGGCCUCUCAGUAUAUCAAAGCAGCUGUGAAGAAUACACCCACCGUAUUCCUAAUGACAGAUUCACAGGUUGCAGAGGAGCAAUUCCUGGUCUUGAUCAAUGAUCUCUUAGCCUCUGGAGAGAUCCCAGGACUCUUUCAGGACGACGAAGUGGAAAAUAUUAUCGGUGCCAUGAGGCCACAAGUGAAAUCUAUUGGAAUGCAAGAUACAAGGGAAAACUGCUGGAAAUUCUUUAUAGACAAAGUCAGGCGGCAGUUAAAGGUCAUCCUGUGCUUCUCUCCUGUGGGUUCUACGCUGCGGGUACGUGCAAGGAAAUUCCCUGCUGUGGUCAACUGUGCGGCCAUAGACUGGUUCCAUGAAUGGCCUGAAGAUGCUCUGGUGUCCGUCAGUGGCAGAUUCUUGGAGGAAACGGAGGGAAUUGAGCCAGACGUCAAGCUCUCCAUCAGUCAGUUCAUGGCCUAUGUCCACAAAACUGUAAAUGAGAUGUCCAAAGUCUACCUAGCCACCGAGAGGCGCUAUAACUAUACAACCCCGAAAACCUUUCUGGAACAGAUCAAACUUUACCAGAAUCUGCUCUUUAAAAAGAGAAGAGAGCUCAUUGCAAAAAUCGACAGGUUGGAGAACGGCUUAAUGAAACUUCAGAGUACUGCUUCCCAGGUUGAGGACCUAAAAGCCAAACUUGCUGUCCAAGAGCUGGAGCUGAAGCAUAAGAAUGAGGAUGCAGAUAAACUGAUCCAGGUAGUAGGUGUUGAAACUGAGAAAGUGAGCAAGGAGAAGGUGAUUGCUGAUGAGGAGGAGCUGAAGGUUCAGGUCAUUAACACGAACGUAACCGAAAAACAAAGAGCCUGUGAGACUGACUUGGCUAAAGCGGAACCUGCUUUAUUAGCGGCACAAGAAGCUCUGGACACUCUCAAUAAGAACAACCUGACAGAGCUGAAGUCUUUCGGUUCGCCUCCCGAAGCAGUGGUUAAUGUCACAGCAGCUGUGAUGAUACUGACAGCUCCAGGGGGCAAGAUACCAAAGGACAAAAGCUGGAAGGCAGCUAAAAUCAUGAUGGGGAAAGUAGAUUCUUUCCUGGAUAGCUUAAAGAAGUAUGAUAAAGAGCACAUUCCUGAACCCUGUCUGAAAGCAUUUAAGCCCUAUCAGUCAGAUCCAACCUUUGACCCUGAGUUCAUACUCUCAAAGUCAACAGCUGCAGCAGGUCUGUGCUCCUGGUGUUUAAAUAUUGUUCGCUUCUAUGAAGUGUACUGUGAUGUCGCACCCAAGAGGCAGGCGCUAGAGGAGGCUAAUGCAGAAUUGGCGGAGGCACAAGAUAAACUCAGUCACAUUAAAAACAAGAUUGCAGACCUAAAUGCCAACUUGGCAACUCUCACAGCAGAAUUUGAAAAGGCCACAGCUGAAAAAAUCAAAUGCCAACAAGAGGCUGAUGCUACUAACAGAGUCAUCACCUUAGCAAACAGGCUUGUUGGAGGAUUAGCAUCGGAAAAUGUUCGCUGGGCUGAGUCUGUGGAAAACUUCAGAGAGCAGGAGAAGACUUUGUGUGGAGAUGUCCUGCUGAUUUCAGCCUUUGUUUCCUAUGUUGGCUAUUUUACUAAGAAAUAUAGGACUGAGCUGAUGGACAAGUACUGGAUACCAUACUUAAAUGAAUUGAAGGUGCCAAUUCCUGUUACACCAGGGUUGGAUCCUUUGAGCCUUCUGACUGACGAUGCGGAUAUCGCUACUUGGAAUAACCAAGGGCUGCCCAGUGACCGCAUGUCUACCGAAAACGCCACGAUUCUGUGCAACACGGAGCGCUGGCCGCUCAUUGUGGAUGCCCAAUUACAAGGGGUCAAAUGGAUUAAAAACAAAUAUGGAGAAGAGCUGAAAUCAAUCAGACUGGGACAGAGAAGCUAUCUGGAUAUCAUUGAGCAAGCUAUAUCAGAGGGACACCCCCUGAUCAUUGAGAACAUCGGCGAGUCGGUGGAGCCUGUGCUGGACCCUUUGCUAGGCAGGAACACCAUCAAAAAGGGAAAAUACAUUAAGAUAGGCGAUAAAGAAGUGGAGUACCAUCCAAACUUCCGUCUGAUUCUGCACACCAAAUACUUUAACCCCCAUUACAAGCCAGAGAUGCAGGCUCAGUGCACUUUAAUUAACUUCCUGGUAACCAGAGAUGGACUGGAGGAUCAGCUGUUGGCAGCAGUGGUUGCAAAAGAGAGGCCAGAUCUAGAGCAACUGAAGGCAAAUCUCACAAAAAGUCAAAAUGAAUUUAAGAUUUUAUUGAAAGAGCUGGAGGACUCUUUGCUUGCCCGCCUCUCUGCUGCAUCAGGAAACUUCCUGGGAGACACCGCAUUGGUGGAGAAUCUAGAGACAACAAAGCAAACAGCCAUAGAAAUUGAGGAAAAAGUGAGAGAAGCUAAAAUUACAGAAAUUAAAAUUAAUGAAGCUAGAGAAAACUACAGGCCAGCUGCAGAAAGGGCAUCCUUGUUGUACUUUAUACUGAAUGACCUCAACAAAAUUGACCCCAUCUACCAGUUCUCAUUAAAGGCAUUCAAUGUAGUCUUUGAGAAGGCCAUCCAGCGAACUCCUCCAGCUGAAGACGUGAAGCACCGGGUGAUAAACCUAACAGAUGAGAUCACCUACUCGGUCUUCAUGUACACUGCACGGGGACUCUUUGAGAGAGACAAACUCAUUUUCAUGGCCCAAGUUGCCUUUCAGGUCUUGCUAAUGAAGAAAGAAGUGAACCCGGUUGAACUGGACUUUCUUUUGCGCUUUCCGUUCAAGGCUGGACUGACGUCCCCUGUGGAUUUCUUACAAUCUCAAGGUUGGGGAGGAAUUAAGGUCCUCUCAGAUAUGGAUGAGUUCAAGAAUUUAGACAGUGACAUUGAAGGUUCGGCAAAGCGAUGGAAAAAAUUUGUUGAGUCGGAGGCGCCAGAGAAGGAAGUGUUCCCGAAGGAGUGGAAGAAUAAAUCAGCUCUGCAGAAGCUGUGUAUGAUGAGGUGCAUGAGGCCAGACAGAAUGACCUACGCAGUCAGAAACUUUGUGGAAGAGAAGAUGGGAAGUAAGUUUGUAGAAGGCAGAAGUGUUGAAUUUUCUAAAUCAUAUGAAGAGAGCAGCCCAUCCACUGCAAUAUUCUUUAUCCUCUCUCCAGGGGUUGACCCACUGAAGGACGUAGAGGCACUGGGAAGAAAGCUAGGCUUUACCAUCGACAACGGCAAAAUCCAUAAUGUGUCUCUAGGGCAAGGACAGGAAGUUGUGGCAGAAAAUGCCCUGGAUGUGGCUGCUGUUCAAGGACACUGGGUCAUUCUGCAGAAUAUCCACCUGGUUGCAAAGUGGCUGAGCACUCUGGAUAAGAAGGUUGAGAGAUACAGCAUUGGCAGCCACGAGGAUUACAGGGUGUUCAUGAGUGCAGAACCUGCUCCCACUCCAGACUCGCAUAUUAUUCCUCAAGGACUCCUCGAAAAUGCCAUUAAAAUUACCAAUGAGCCACCGACUGGCAUGCAUGCUAACUUGCACAAAGCACUGGAUCUCUUUACUCAGGACACUUUAGAAAUGUGCACCAAAGAAAUUGAAUUCAAGUGCAUCUUGUUUGCUCUCUGCUACUUUCAUGCGGUGGUAGCUGAAAGGCGUAAGUUUGGUGCGCAGGGCUGGAAUCGGUCUUAUCCUUUCAACAAUGGAGAUCUGACUAUAUCCAUCAACGUGCUGUAUAAUUACCUGGAGGCUAAUGUCAAGGUUCCAUGGGACGAUCUUCGCUAUCUCUUUGGUGAAAUUAUGUAUGGGGGACACAUCACAGAUGACUGGGAUCGCAGGUUGUGUAGAACUUACCUGAGAGAAUACAUCCGGGUGGAGAUGCUGGAGGGAGAAAUGGCCUUGGCUCCAGGGUUUUUAGUUCCACCCAACUCGGAUUACAAGGGUUAUCAUGAAUACAUUGAUGAGAACCUCCCCCCAGAGAGCCCGUACCUUUACGGGCUCCACCCCAAUGCCGAAAUUGGCUUCCUCACUGUCACGUCUGAAAAGCUUUUCCGUACAGUUCUGGAGAUGCAGCCUAAGGAGUCUGAUGCUGGAGGCGGGACGGGUGUGUCCCGAGAGGAAAAGGUCAAGCAAGUCCUAGAUGAAAUCAUUGACAAGCUACCCGAACCAUUUAAUAUGCUGGAAAUCAUGGCUAAAGCAGCAGAGAAGACCCCGUAUGUCGUGGUGGCCUUUCAGGAAUGUGAAAGAAUGAACAUCUUGACAAAUGAAAUUAGACGCUCUUUGAAAGAGUUAAAUUUGGGGCUGAAGGGGGAGCUGACAAUCACAACAGACAUGGAGGAUUUGUCUAAUGCUCUCUUCUAUGACAACGUGCCCGAAUUCUGGACAAACCGGGCCUACCCCUCCUUACUUGGCUUGGGAGCCUGGUAUGCUGACCUACUGCUCCGGGUCCGGGAACUAGAGGCCUGGACGACUGACUUUGCACUACCCACAACAGUGUGGCUGGCAGGCUUCUUCAAUCCCCAGUCUUUCCUCACCGCUAUCAUGCAGUCUAUGGCCAGGAAGAAUGAAUGGCCACUUGACAAGAUGUGUCUUUCAGUGGAAGUGACCAAGAAAAACCGGGAGGAUAUGACGGCUCCACCCCGAGAAGGCUCCUAUGUGCAUGGGCUGUUCAUGGAAGGUGCUCGGUGGGACAUUCCUAGUGGUGUCAUCACAGACGCUCGGCUGAAGGAGUUAACGCCCUCGAUGCCAGUCAUCUUCAUCAGAGCCAUCCCUGUGGACCGUAUGGACACCAAGAACGUCUACGAGUGCCCAGUCUACAAGACUCGCAUGCGAGGCCCCACCUACGUCUGGACCUUCAAUCUAAAGACAAAAGAGAAGCCAGCUAAGUGGAUUCUUGCUGCUGUUGCUUUGCUCUUACAAGUUUAAACUUUUACUGCCUCUGCAAAGCACUUGCUCCACCCAGCUCAACACUAAUCCCAUUCGUCAGAAAGUCCACCCAGCUUUUUGUCUGCCCCAAAGUAUUUUAAUAGUGACAAUAAAAGAUAAACAUGAAAUGAAAGUGUUAGUGCUCAGGUAGAUAAAACAACUGGCCAGCGGUGGAUUG